AUGCUGCGAGCAUGUUGGCUUGGGAGCUUGCUACAUGUUGGGCUCGCUCGCGAUGACUGGCUGCCCGAAAGCCCGGCGGAGGUGCGCGGCCGCGAGGCGUGCCUGCAGCGCUUCAAGGAGACGGACUUCGCCGCAGAGAACUUUCAGAGCAGCUGGCUGGAUCAGGACAACAAGAUGGCCUUCAUCGAGUGCCUCUACCGACUUCGGACCCGCUGGCGUCCACGAGAGAAGGCCGUUUUUGCCGGAGGCAUCCACUAUCCAACCCUGGUCACUGCCCACCACACUUGGCCACCAGUCUCCACCAGUGGUGCAAAGCUGUGCUGGUUGGAUCAAGUAGGUGUCCACCGCAACAACAUUGAGGCCUCGGAGUGCUGCGAUACGAGCUACGGUCCGCAAGGCCGAACAGAAUGCUGGGAUGAGUACUUCACCUAUGAGCUUUGCUGCCUUGGGGAUGUGAAUUUGGCAGAGAUGCCACAUUACUUCGUUGCCCCGGCCUUUGACAUUAACGUUGGCAAUGCUGUACGGCAGCUAGGUACCUUCGACCUUGGCCAAUCCUACGCGUUGCAGACGCUCUGCGGAUCAGGUGAUGUGGUCAUCGAUGUAGGUGCCAAUGUGGGCGGCUUCACCGUCCCAUUGGCUGAACGCGUGGGGCCUGAUGGAGAGGUCCAUGCCUUCGAGCCCUUCCGCAAGGUUUUCCAGCACCUCAAUGCCAAUGUUGCGUUGAAUGGCCUUGGCAAUGUGUACACAUAUAAUGUGGCGCUGGGAGCCAGCAAGGCGAAAGUUCCUGCCUACUCGCCAGACCUCACGAACUUCAACUUUCCCUCGGCCAUUCGGGUGCUGGAUCAGUUUAAGCCGGAGGCCGCAGUCAAAGAGGCCAAUCUUCGCUAUGAGGAUCGGCAAGAGACACUCAAUGUGCAGCCGCUGGAUGAGUUCGUCUUCAGCCGGCGAGUCCAACUCAUAAAGAUCGACGUCGAGUUCAUGGAGCUCCAGGUUGUCCUUGGCGCCACAAAGACCAUUCGUGAGAAUAAGCCGUUGAUUUGGGUGGAGAACGAAGCGUUUUUUGACGAUCCUGCAAACCUAACCUUCGUCGACACGAUGUACCGGGAUCUCCAGUAUGUCUGUAGCGCUGUGGCAAGGCUGGAGCUUUUCUGUGUUCCUGGGCGAGAAGAACCUGGCGGCCAGCUAGUGCAAGAUGAGCGCUUGAUACCUGCAGGUUUCCGACGCGUUUUCAGACACCUGACUGGCGAGUAUAAGGACAUGCACCUUUGGCGAGCGCUCUCCGAGGUCACUCGGAGCCACAAAGCAUCUGAUGAUCACGUGCUAAGCACUCAUGGAAUCAAUGCGGUGGCAGUGGCAGUGGCCAGACGUUUGGACCGUGGGCCUUGGGCAGUACUCGAAGAGAGAAGGACUGUCAUCGUGCAACAGCAGCAGCCACCUGGGGCGGACGGAGUGGUUCGGAUACCUCACCUGGUAGGUGCCAGGUUGGAGAAGCUGCGCAGCGAAGACGAGUGGAUAGUAAUAGUUGAGACUUGCCACCAGUGUGAGUCCCAUGCAUCCUGGCAUCGUCAUGACCCACAGGAGUACAGGAAUGCCUUGGAAGUGGUGCGCAUCGCUUGCUCCCAGCUGGAUGGCAUUGAUCUCUCAUGUUGUCCACUAGAGACACCAGAUCUCAACCAACGCAUCGGUGCGUUCGAAGUUUUUCUUCUUCCACCUGCAGAUGCAGAGUCUCCUUUUUCUGGAUACCUGCUACAUUCCAAGCUUUUGACUCGCCAGUGGCCGAAUCAGCGGAGUCUCGUACACAGGAUGCGUGAUGACAUGCCUCUACUUGAUCGAGGCUGGCAGCGGGUUCUCCGGCUGGCUGCCGACCGCCAGACACAAAAGUUAGAGGCACAAAUGCACCGGGUCGCCAGUGGAGCGAAGAAAAGGACAGCUGAAUUGGAGCAGAGCCUUGCUGAAACUUCUGAACUGCAACGUGAAGUGGGACGGCUCCAAGUCGAGAAUCAUGAUUUGACCAAAGCACUGGCGGAUGCCAGUGAGGUGGCAAAGGUCUGUCAACAGCAGAAGCUAACGGCAGAGGAAGAGCAAGCAAACCUGAAAGAAAGUUCAAUGACAGCAGCGGUUCGCGCAGAUGAGCUUCAAAACGAGUUUUGGCGAGUGGAAGUGGUGAAGCUUGCAAUGGAAGAAGAGCUGAAGGCUUUGAAAGCAAGCCUGCAGAAGAUGGAAAACCAGUUGCAAGAGAAGGAGACCAUGAUCAGGGACUUCCGAUUGACUGCGGGUCAGGUCGCGGUUGCCAUGCAAACGACCGAAAAUACCAGCCAAAUCCUCCAGAAGGAGUUGGAGUCUGCACGUGCAGAACGACAGGAGCUCCAGUCACGUGUCAGCACACUACAAGAGGAGAAGUGGGCUUGCACCCAAGAAGACGCCGCAGGAAAGGAUGCUUCGGGCUUGCGUGAGGAGCUUGGUAAGACAAAGUGCUUGCUGGCAGAUGCCCAACAUCAGCUGGAGGAGCUCCACAGAGAAAGGGAUGAGGCUUGGAAAGCUCGACAAGGCCCAAGUGAAGAGGAGAGAAAUGAUUUGGAGCAGCAACUCGGUGCCCGACAAGGCCGCAUUGAUCAGCUGGAAAGUGAACUUCAGCAAAAGGCCAAGGACACAGACGAACUGCAGGAGAGGCUUGGGACGGAGCGUGGAAAUUGGGAGGAGCAGAAGAAAGACUUGCAGCAGGAAGUGGAUGAUCGACAAGGUCGCUUAGACGACUUGGAGAGUGAAGUUGAGCAGUUGAAGCUGCAAACAAAGGAGCAACUGGCAGUGCGAGAUAAAAGCUGGGAAGAGGAGAAAAGGGACUUGGAGCAGCAGCUAGAUGCUCGACAAGGCCGCAUCGAUGACUUGCAGAGUGAAGUUGAGCGUUUGAUGCUGCAGACAAAGGAGCAGCUUGCAGCGCGAGAUAGAAGUGGGGAAGAGGAGAAAAAAGAACUGGAGCAGCAACUAGAAGCCCGACAAGGUCGCAUUGAUCAAUUGGAAGGUGACGUUGAGCAGUUAAAGCUUCAGACGCAGGAGCAGCUUGCAGCACGAGAUAAAAGGUGGGAAGUUGAGAGAAAGGACUUGGAGCAGCAACUAGAAGCUCGACAAGGUCGCAUUGAUCAGUUGGAAGCUGAAGUCAAGCAGGUUAAGCUGCAGACGAAGGAAGAGCUUGCAGCAACAGAUAGAAGCUGGGAAGAGGAGAAGAAGGACUUGGAGCAGCAGCUACAAGCUCGACAAGGCCACAUUGAUCAAUUGGAGGGUGACGUUGAGCAGUUGAAGCUUCAGACGAAGGAGCAGCUUGCAGCACGAGAUAAAAGCUGGGAAGUGGAGAGAAAGGACUUGGAGCAGCAACUAGAAGCUCGACAAGGUCGCAUUGAUCAGUUGGAAGCUGAAGUCAAGCAGGUCAAGCUGCAGACGAAGGAAGAGCUGGUAGCAGCAACAGAUGGAAGCUGGGAAGAGGAGAAGAAGGACUUGGAGCAGCAGCUACAAGCUCGACAAGGCCGCAUUGAUGAAUUGGAGGGUGACGUUGAGCAAUUGAAGCUUCAGACAAAGGAGCAGCUUGCAGCACGAGAUAAAAGUUGGGACGCGGAGAGACAGGACUUGGAGCAGCAACUAGAAGCUCGACAAGGUCGCAUUGAUCAGUUGGAAGCUGACGUCGAGCAGGCUAAGCUGCAGACCCAGGAGAAGAAAGACUUGGAACAGCAGCUAGAAUCUCGACAAGGCCGCAUUGAUCAAUUGGAGAGUGAGGUUGAGCAGUUGAAGCUGCAGACAACGGACCAGGUUGCAGCACCAGACAAAAGCUGGGGAGAGGAGAAGAAGGACUUGGAACAGCAGCUAGAAGCUCGACAAGGUCGGAUUGAUCAAUUGCAGACAGAUGUUGAGCAGUUGAAGGCGCAGAUGCAGGAAGCACAAGAGAGAAGCUGGGAAGAGGAGAAACAGGGCCUGCUGCAGCAGCUAGAAGCUCGACAAGGUCGCAUUGAUCAAUUGGAGACUGAAGUUGAGAAGUUGAAACUGCGGACGAAGGAUGCCCCAGAGAGAAGCUGGGAAGAGGAGAAAAAGGACCUGGAGCAGCAGCUAAAUGCUCGACAAGGCCAGACUGUGAGGACGGACUUUUCGUCUCAUGUUUUCUCGAAAGAAUCGGAAAAAUGUGACUUCGUCGACAAAGCAACGCACUCACCGCGUGUUGUAGAUUACAGGUUCGUUGCUGACCCAAGCUUCAUAGGGCCGAAGCCGGCCCUUCAGGGGCAGCUUGCAGCACCACAGGCACUGGAAGAAGCCCAAAGGGAGCAGGCUACACCUGCACAAGGCACACAAGGCACUGGUACUGACGAUGUGUCGUCAUGUGGCAUGGUACAGAGAGAAAGGCAGCCUGAGCCUGAGCGAGAUCAGAGGGGGAUGCCCAAUUUGAGGCCCAAGCAGGAGCAUAAUUAA